AACCCUAAUUGCCCUUUUUCUUGUGACAAAUUAAUUAUUGGUGUUGUUCUUUUUGUUUAAAACAUUGGCCUGAUAUCAUUUAAAUUAGGAAUUUUCUAAUGAAAUGGAAGAACAGAUGGAUAGAGUUAUCUGCUGUUGGAUAGCGGAGUUCUUGGUCAGGCAACCAGAUACUAGCCAUGUCGUCAAGAAGCUCUUGCCGGAACUCGAACUCUCAAACGACGAUAUUCGGUUGAAGAAAACACUGGUACUACGGUCAAUCGCGGACGAGAUCGCGGAGGGUUCGAUCUCUGAGACAAUUCUCGAUUCUCUCGAGAUAUUAGAGGAGCUGGACAGGAAGGAAGGUUCCAAAAUGACGGAAUCGAUGAAGCGGGCUUACUGUGCGGUGGCCGUGGAAUGCACGGUGAAAUACCUCGUAGUCGGGGAGUUUAACAAAGGCAAGUACCUGGAUGCAUUGAAGAGGAUAUGGGAAAAGCGAAUUCAAGGUCUGCAGCGGUCAGGCACGAGCGAGCUGGUUUGCUCGUCGGAGGAGUUGGGCAAGCGGAGGGAGGAGAUUGAGGCUGCUGUUUGGGACAAGAAAGUGUGCAUGGUUUUGACGAAGAGGAAUACGAGGAACGAUGCUUUAAAUUCGGUUAGGGACUAUAUUGUCGAGGCUUUUGCUAUGAUGGGUCCCGCUUAUCUUGAAGUGGCGGUUAGGAAGACGAUGGAGAUGAAUCAGGGACCGGACAUGGAUGGCGCUAGAGAUGGAACUCUGGAGAACAAUGCUCGCCCGGAACCGGAUGGUGUUGGCGAUGAAAUGGUCGAUCGUGCGGAGGGGCAGAAAUUUGAUGAAAAAGAGAUUAGGGAUGAUGCAUCCAGGUUGCCGUUUAGUGAAGUCGCUCUUGCCAAAGGGAAAGAAAUUUGUAAGAACAUGUUGAGGGAAAAGAACAUUGCACAUUGGAGAUGCCAUGUAGGUUCAAUUGAGAUCUCUGAUGCUGAGGAGUCAAAUGCCGAGCCAUUGUACAGUAAAUGUGAUCCUAUUCUUAACCCUGAGUAUAAUAAAGUGCAAGGAGAACUUAAUACUAGUAUAUCGGAAUUAGGAGCAACUUUGAAAGACCCACUACGAAAUGCUUUACAAGUUGCUGAAACUUUGAGGCCUAGGACAGUCAAGGAAAGCAUCAAGAUGGAGACUCAAGGAAAUCAUUUGAAUGAUGCACGUAAAUGCACUCUAAUGGAGUGGAAUAGCACUGCCCAUACUUAUGAGGUACGGGAAAGGGAAUUGGAAACUUAUCUUGAAUCUACAUCAUGACGUUUUCUUAGAGAGAAAUGAGGGGGAUUUGAAGGACAAAUGGAGAAAUAUGAUGCGCUAAUUAUUGCUGGGAAACUGUUUCUAUAUGUUCACUAGUAUGUCCUUGGUGGCUCAAGUAGAGGCAAUCAACUUGUCCUAUGUCAAAAAGUUUGCUGAUUCUAAUCUCCAACGAGGUUUUCAAAAGUUACUUACAUCAUGGCAUCCUCUUUCAAUUGAGCUAAGGAUGCAGGUGCUUUCUUAACUCUCGGGGCAAAUGAUGUGGGGCCAGAAUCCAAACUCGGAAAUCCUGCUGAUGCUAUAUAGAUGGCUCAACUUGCAACAGAGGUAAUGAGCAGUACCAUCUUCUGUUUAAAGACACUGAAAGAGGAAAUUGAGCUUGUUUCUAGUACUUCAGCUGCAGUGUUCAUUAUUGACUGGGAGAAUAGCAUGGCAAAGCAACAAACGCAUAUGAAUGAUGUGUCAAACGGAAACAAAUUAAUGCCUGGGUUUGACUUUUGUGAUGAUAUGCAUGCAGUCCACUCUAAGCUAAGUAAUCAAUUCUACAGAAACAUAAGCAUUGAUGUUCAAAGGAAAUUGGGGAGUGUCUCGGUCCAGUUUACUGUGCCUGCCAUCUUAAAUGAAGAUAAACUGAAACCUGAGAGAAUCACAUCUUUGUGCUGCUCAUGGUACUUGGAAGUGCAUGAAGGUUUUUGAUUUGGAGCACCAAUGAAGGAAAAUAUAUGUUAGACCUGCUUUGGGGUACAACCUACAUGGGCUUUGUGGAUUCGGCCAUAUUUCAAUAUUAAAUUGUACUGAAUAGCGCUUUGUCACCUGAGCUCUGUGAGAUGUGUAUUAGGGCUGCAGCGACUCACAACCAUCUCUUCUUGCAUUGUGAUGUGACUUGGAGAUUUUGGUGCCGAAUUUUUGAUCAAUUUGGCUUUUCUUUGGUUUCUCUUUUAGAAGAUUGAGGGUUUUCUUUCUUCAAUGCUAAUGCGUCUGAGGAUGAAAAGGAUACAAAAUAUCUUUGGUGAGGGCUUUGUUUGCUAGCAUGUAGGUAUUUGCUAGCAUGUGAUGGAUUUGAUGAAUGACUAUAGUUUAUGAAUAUAUUGUAUUUGUGUAUUUUUAUUGAUUUCAUUAAUUAUUUUUUAAACAUGAAAUUUUAGGAGAAUAAAAGGAGAAAUCACUUCAAUUUGGUCCGGACAGAAAUAUGAUCGGUCCGUUAUUUAGUCAGCAUAUCUCUCAUAAUUCGGUCCUCAGUCUCGGUAGAUUCGUGACCGAUGAAAAUCCCUAGAUAAAUUUAUUCUAUAGCUUCUGUAUGGACAGUGAGAACUUUAGGAUUGAGGAAUUUAAGUACUAAAAAGUUUUGGGUAUGUAGUUUUAAGAUUGAGAAGUACUUCAUUGCUAGCAGCAAGUCCAAAGCUCUAAGGGAACAGGAUAAACCAAGCUAAGUUGAAUCUUAGAGAUGGAGUCCUUUAAUUCCCUUGCAUGGUGGGAGGUUCAGACUAUCUUCAAAAAGGCAUGUGGAAAUUAUAAGUUUGAUUCUUUUGUUGCCAAGCUUAUCCUGAAACUUGGGUUGGAUAGAGUUGUGGCUACCUUAAAUGCAUUCCUUCAUCUCCACCAAAAGAAACAAGAAUCAAUGAAGUUUCUUCCAGGGAGUGGACAGGAGGGAGUGCUUGAACGUCUUUUCCUUCAUUUGACAAAUGCAUAUGGUGAAAGUUGUAUGCGUAGUCUCUCCAAAAAGUUGUAUUUGUUCUGUCUUGUUAUGCAAGUGUGUUUGAAAGCCCCUAACCCCUUGUCAUCUUUGUUUCAUAUCAUCAAGAAGUAUAUAAGAUGCAACUGUAUGGAAACACUAACCCUUUGUAUAUGGUGUCUCUAUCUAAAAGUAAGUACCAUUUUUCUCCAUGUACUCCAUUAAUGGACGUCCUGGGAAAAGUCCUGCAUCGGAGCUUCAUCACUAUGGAAGAUGGUGAUUUUGCAUCUUCUCAUGGCAUGGAGAGAUUUUGUGAGUUUAAAAGUUUGAUUAUUAAGGUUGUUCUUCGAUAAGCACUACUGAGUUUAAUUAAAAUGUCUGCAAUGGAUAGAAAGCUAUCAAGGCCUUCCGCACAUGCUUUUGGAA